CAUUUAUUUGCAAUCUUUACAUAGUCGAGUCGCUUUCGUCGCGAUCCGGUACCAAGAUGGGUCGCGGAAAAACGCGCCCGUCUGUCGCGUCCACCCUGUAGGUUUCGUUAUUCACCUGCGUGUACCCGUGAAUCGUCCGUUAUCUUAUCGGGUUCGGGCCAAUUCGAUAAAGAAACCCGGGCUUGCGUGGAGGACAUCUUUUAGUGUCGCGCUGGCCGGAUUGUGUCGACUGCCUCCCGAGUGAAUUUCCACGGAUCGUCGAGAACUCGCACGCCAUGAAAGUUAUCGUACGAACGCCUCACCACGAGUCGGAACUGGAGGCCGUGCCCAAGACCACCGGCCGGGAGGUAUUCCAGACCAUGUGCAGGUCGCUCGGUAUACAGGAGAGCUGGUAUUUCGGCCUGAUGUACAGGGGAGCCGACAACGAGGAGAUCUGGAUCGACAAGUCGAAAAAGACGCUCAAAGACCUCCAAAAAGUGCUCGCGAACUUUCACUUCCGAGUCAAGUACUACCCGGAAGAAGUGGCGGAGGAGCUGAUCGAAAACAUCACCAUCGAAUAUUUUUUCCUGCAAGUCAAAUCCGCCAUCCUCAAAGAUGAAAUCUACUGUCCUGCGGACACUUGCGUCCUCCUCGCGUCGUACUCCCUCCAAGCGAAAUACGGAGACUACAACAAGGAUGAGAUCAACGAGGACGCUGUCAAAAAACAAACCCUUCUCCCUGAACGGGUGAUAAAACAGCACAAGCUAGAGGCCGGCGAAUGGGAAAAGAACAUCGUCAGUAUGUGGGAAAAACACCGCGGCAUGGACAAGGAAGACACGAUGCUGGAGUAUCUGAAACUGGCCCAAAACCUGGAAAUGUACGGGGUGUCGUAUUUUCCUAUCAAAAACAAAAAGGGUACCGACGUGCUGUUAGGCGUCACAGCGUUGGGUCUGAACAUUUACAAGCCCGAGGACAGGCUGAACCCUACCGUUUCGUUUCCCUGGUCGGAAAUUAAAAACCUCAAGUACAAGGGUAUCAAGUUCGUGAUCAAGCCGAGCGACAAGAACGCGAAGGACUUCGUAAUAUUCACGUCGGGCGAGAAAAUCAGCAAGCACAUCCUCCAACUCGGCGUAGGCAACCACGAGCUGUACGUGAGGAGGAGGAAACCGGACACUCCGGAGGUGGCGAAAAUGAAGGAGAAAGCCAACGAGAUGAGAAAAAAUAAACUCGUUAUUAGGCAAAAAUACAACACCGAGCGGAUAGCCAGAGAGGAAGCGGAAAGAAGGGAGACCAUGUACAAGCAGCAGCUCGAGCAGAUGCGAGCAGAGAUGGAGAGGAAGCAAGCUAACCUGUUGGAAGCCGAAAGAACGAUCAGGAGACUUCAGGAGCAGCUCGACGACCUAAAACGGUCGAAAGAAGAGUUGGAACAGCAGCGAGGCGAACUGCAGCAAAUGAUGGAGCGCCUGGAGCAGAGCAAGCACCUGGAGGAGGAGGAGAAGCAGAAGCUUGAAGAGGAGAUUCGGGCGAAGCACGAGGAGGUGCGGCGAAUCAACGAAGAGGUGCAAAGAAAAGACGAAGAGACGAGACGACUGCAGGAGGAGGUCGAGGAGGCGCGUCUCAGAGAAGAGGAGUUCCGCAGGCAGCAGGAAGAGGAGGCGCGCAGACGCGAGGAAGAAGAACGCAGGCGGGAGGAGGAACGUCGCCAGCGCGAGAUCGAGGAGGCCAACAGAACCGAGCACGAGCUCGAAACCUUGCCGGAUGACGCGAACACCACGUUGCCGGAGGUGGUACAGGUUAACGAAUCCCUGAAGGAACAGUUAAAGAAUUUGCAAAAUCAACUAAACGAAACGAGAACCAGCGACGAGUCUAAUCUAGAUAGGAUCCAUAGGAUCAAUUUAUUGGAGGGGAGGGAUAAAUACAAGACUUUGGCGGAUAUCCGUAGAGGGAACACGUUACGACGCGUCGAGAUGUUUGAGAAUAUGUAAUAUGCGUAUAUUCCAGUACUACGAUACGCGUCUAUUCGUUGCAAAAGAUGAUAUACAGGUGACAUUUGCUCCAAGUGACACUUUGGGUUUGUAAAUAAUAACGUUUCUUAAUUAGUUUGUCCUCUAUCGAAAAAAAAAUAGAUUGUGUAAAUGGAAGGCGCGUGACGUAGUGACUCCCAUCGAUUGUUUUGUUGCGUAACUUAUUUUAUUUGAUAUUGAAGAUUAAACUUAUAAAUAUUUUCACGAG